AUGUCAAAGAACGGAGAAGCAUAUAUUUUAGAUGAUCGUGCAAAGGCACUUGCAAACUAUCCACACAUGCGUAAAGCCGGUGGUUUCUUGUUUGUCUCUGGUAUUUCAUCGAGAAGACCUGAUAAUACCUAUGAGGGUGUAUGUACAACUACUACUCUUACUAAUACUCUUACUAUUACUACUACUACUACUACUACUACUACUACUACUACUACUACUACUGCUACUACUACUACUACUACUAAAUAG